AUGGCACCCAUGAUCCGCCCACAGGCUGCAAAGCUUCUGCGCCCAGAGAAGGAAAUCGGUCACCUCUCCAGUUUGGAAACAGACUCCAAGCAGAAAGAUGUGGCAAUAAGAGAGCUGCAGGAUGAGGUUGCAGCAAUGGCGAAGAUCCUGGCUCAGGCGGCAGCGAGGAAUGAGGUGGAGCUUACCCAGAAGCUGCUCACCUUUGACCAAGAGCUGGGAGCCAAAACGGAGGAGAUCAGAACCUUGAAGGAGCAGAUCAGCGACCUGCAGAAAGGCUCAAGCCAGAUUUUCAGCCAUUCCCUCUAUGAAAGAGACCUGGAGAUUAGAAGGCUGAGGAAAGAAAGCGAGAAAUUGAAGAGGGACCAGGCCUUGGCUGAAGGUCUAGCAACCAGCCUGCGAAGGGAGAUUGGCAGCAAGGAGCAGAAAAUCCAGCAGCUCAAGGAAGAUGUUGAAAGAAUGAAGAAGGAAAACAGAGAAAAGGAUGAUCACCUAGUGAUCCUGUCUGCCAAGCGCAUCAGGGAGCUGGAAUAUGACGUGGAGAGGCUGCAGGGGGAAACCCAGAAGUACCACAGCGAGCAGGAGGGCAUCCGAAAGCAGCUGGCUGAGAAAGCCAAGACUGAGAAGGAGCUGAAGGCUGACUGUGCCAGGCGAUCUCUGCAGCUGCAGGAGAUGGGGCGCAGGGAGAGGCUGCUGAAAGCUGACCUGGGACGGGCCCAGGAGCAGGUGAUAGAGAAGGUCAGGCGGAUGUUCAAGGAGAACCAACAAAUUCGUGAGCGAGAGAAGAAUCUGAGGGAGGAAUUAAGCUCCAAGCUUGAGAGGGAAAAGGAGGUGUCUGCAAAUGUUGAGGUGUUCAAGAAAUCCCUGCAGGAGCUUCAGCUUGGCCUGAGGAUCUCCUGCAGCAGCAACAGCUUGCGAGGGGAGCUGGGGAAGCUGGAGGCGAUGUGCCUGAGUGCCCCUGUCUCGACCCUCGCAGUGGCGGUGGUGGAAAUGACACGAGUCUUCUUGUCCUGGCUGGAGGAUGCAGAGCAGCUCCUGGCUGGCAUGGGGGUGGACCUGCAAGCCUCUGGCAAAGGGCUGCUGGCCGCUCUCAGGAGGUUGUUGGAAGACUAUCAGGAAACAACACAGAGGAAUCGGAUGUUGCAGGAGCAAUUGGAGAGGGUGCGGGAGUCGCAGGAGGCUUUGCUGCGGGAGCACGUGAGGGAGCUGGAAGCGAAACACGAGCAAGACCUAGUGAUGAAAAUCAAGCAAAUUGUCUUGGAAAAAGACAAGGAGAGCAAAGAGCUUCUGGAGAGCGCUGUUGCCAAGGAGAAGGACAAAUGUGAGCAAGCUGUGGAGGAAGAACGGAAAAAGAUCCAAGACCUGGAGAGCCACCUGAGAAGCUUGUCUGAGCUGGCGUUACAGCAGCAGGUCCUCAUGCGAGAGGAGCAGCUCAAGACCAUGCGGAAGGAGAAUGAGUUAGAGAGGCAGAAACUGCAGGAAGAAAUAGUGGAAUAUAAAGAGCAGAAUAAGCAGCAUUCUCUGACGAUCGUGGCUUUAGAGGAGAGGCUGCUGGAGGCCAAGCAACUGGAGAAAAUGCUGGAGGAGGAAAACGCAGCACUCGUGGUAAAAAUGGAAGAACUUCGGGGUGAUGCCAGCAAGUCAGCAUCAGGAGCUUGGCUGGAGGUUUCUCCUGCUGCUGAGCUGCACAAUUGUCUAAGGAGAUCCAAGGAGGAGCUGACAGCGGCACAGAGCAUGCUCCUGUCCAAGGACGCCAUCAUCGCUGGGCUGACCAAGAUGCUGAUGGAGACCAGAGCCAGGGUGUCGGACCUGAGAGGGGAGCUGAGUGAGGAGCAGAAGGUGGAAUUGGAGCAGAACCUGAGCCGAUUGAAACACCAAGAGCGGGAGCUGAACCUGCUCCAAAAGAAGCUAUCCCAGAUGUCCAGCCUCGUGGAGGAGAAGGAUCAAGCCCUGAAAGCAGCAGCUGAAGAGCUGAGGCAAGCCCGAGUCCACUGCUGGAUGCUGAAGGAGGCCUCCCAAGAUGUGACCAGAGAGCUGGGGGAUGCUCCUGGGACACCAGCGCAGGUGGGAGAAACUUCUAAAAGGGAGCCAGUGGUAGACUUGGCUGACCUCGGUGCAAAAUGCCGAGGCCUCAGGCAUGAGGAAACGAUCCAGCGCCAAAAAGAAGGCUUGGGUGAGCUCCGGGAGAGAGUAAAGAUGCUGGAGAAGAGGCAGUCCUCAGCUGCCAUGACGAAGGGUUCAGAGCCGCUGGUGGUCCGGAUGAAAGACUUGCUGGAGAAAAUAGUCCAGAAAACAGGUCUUGAGAAGGAACCUGCACCCUUGUCAGGAACACAAGGGAAGGGUGGCAAGGUCUCUGAUCACAUUCCUAACAGGGGCUUGGACGGGGUCACCGGUGAGGCAGCCAGCUCGGAGAUGGUUGAUGCAGCAGAUGUCGACAAGAAGAUGUACCUGGAUGUAACUGGUGCUCUGGGAAGGCUGCUGAAGGUGAGGGAGCUGAUGGGAGUGCAGUCCCUGAAGCAUCUGCCUCGGGAGGAGAGGGAAAAAGCAGGACUACAGAUACAGAAGGACCUGGGGCUGCUGUACAAUAAGAUCAGGAACCUCCAGAGCCGCCUGGAGAGAAAAGAAGAAAUGCUGAAAGAUUAUGAGGAGCUCAUGGAGCAGCUCAGGCUGAGCCAAGCAUCCCUGCAAAGGUGCCAGGAGGAGAUUUCCAGACUUGAAGAUGAAGUCUCCAGGGAAGCAGAAGAGAAGGCUCUGCUGAAAGAGGCUCUGGAGAGGACCCAGCUCCAGCUGAACAAGGAGAAGAGGCUGCUGCGAACGGCCAAGCAGCACAAGCAGGGAGCCAAGAAGCCCUUCUGCUCAGACAAACGGAAAACCAAAGAGCGCACGGCAGAAGCUGUCAAGACGGGAAGCUCGUAG